CUUCCUUUCUCCGCUGUUGCCGAGAUCCCGGAUCCAAGAUGGAGUCUCUGAAUAAAGCGGGGCAAGAGAUGAGCCUGGCGGCCUUAAAGCAGCACGACCCCUACAUCACCAGCAUCGCCGACGUGACCGGCCAGGUGGCCCUUUAUCGCUUCAGUCCAAAGGCCAACGAGUGGGAGAAGACUGACAUAGAAGGUACCUUAUUUGUGUAUAAAAGGUCUGCUUCACCUUACCAUGGUUUUACGAUUGUAAAUCGAUUGAACAUGCACAACUUGGUUGAGCCCGUAAACAAAGACUUGGAGUUUCAACUUCAUGAACCUUUUCUUCUUUAUAGAAAUGCCAACUUGUUAAUUUACAGUAUCUGGUUUUAUGAUAAGAAUGACUGUCAUCGAAUAGCAAAACUCAUGUCUAAGGUGGUACAGGAAGAAACUCAGAGAUCACAGCAACAAUUUCAGGAUAGAAAACAUGUCAGUCGGGUUAAUGGUUGCACAGAUAUCCUAGAGUUGCUUAGUAAAGCAAAGGUUGAAUAUGAACGGAAUCAGAAAAGUGACUUCAUUUCAGGGACACAAGAAAGUGGAAAUCUUACGCAGACUGAAAAUACAGAGGCAUCUGAAUAUGAAACACCAGUGUUACAAGUCCAAGAUCAUUCAUGUCAGUCCGUCCCUAAACAUCUAACAGUGGAAGAAUUAUUUGGAACUUCAUUACCAAAGGAAAACUCCGCAGCUCCCAUGUCCAAUCCAGAGAGGAUAGAGAAAACUGAUACCUCAUGCAGAGAACACAAUUUGCUUUUGCCCUUUUCAUUUGAACAAUCAACAGUGAUCCAUCAGCCUCUGGGGAAGCUGGAUGCUCCAAGCCUCAGAAAUAACUCUUUGACUUUAUUAUCACAGGAAUGUGUACCGUCUGUACUAACUUCAUCGCCUUCAGUUUUACAAACUGAAGUAAAUAAAGUUUCAAACUAUAACGUGCAUUUAAGUCCUAUCCUUAAUUCGACUUUGGCAACAGAAGCACCUUGUCGUCCUGUGCUGCAGAAUAUCAAUGCAAACAAUAAUGUAACACAAGUCAUGCAGCAGACUACCAAGCAAAUACCUUCACUUGUGAAUCAGCCAUUGUGUGAUAUAAACCACGGUACACAAAAUGUAAGUUCUGGUCAAAACCAAUUCCUAGGAUCAAUGACUUUGCCAAAUACAGGAGAUGCUUCAAACACAUCACUUCCCAGUGUGGAUCUUCUUCAAAAACUCAGGUUGACACCACAACAUGACCAAAUGCAGCAAUCUCUUAUUAAACCCCCAGUAGCACCAAAUGCUUCUUCUGCUAUUAGCCAACUGGCAACACCAGAUUGUUUCAAGGAAUCCCACAUGAAGCAACAGGCUUCGACUGGUAAAGUCAUUCAUCCCUAUCAGGUUUCACAGCAAAAUAAGGAGCCUGAAACAUUUCAAAAUCCUAAAGUGUUGUCAAAAGCAAACCAGGUUGCUUCUACACAGUUUGCUACCACUGCAACUACAAUUGCACCUUCUGUCCUCCUUUCACCUAGUGUGUUUCAACAGUCCACUAUGAAAUCCUCUGAAAUUGAAAACAAAGUUGGCUUACCUUCUCCUGUUACACUUGGUACAGAUGUUCAGGCAUUACCUUCAGCGGUACUCAGCAGAUCUCAACUUCAGCAAACUUUGAUACAUCUAAUAAAGAACGAUGCAAAUUUUCUUAAUACUCUACAUGAAGUCUAUUUACAAGUCUUGACCAAGGAUACGGAUAGCAUCAAGCUAUAACUGCAAUGAAUUGAAUCCUACUGAUCACCUAUCUGCUUCAGAAACAUUAUGCCUCUUCUGUACAACUCUUAUAUUUUAAAGACAUUUUUUUGAGUACCUGAAGUCUUUCUAAGCCUCCAGGGAAUACUGUUCCUUAGAAAUAUUGUAUAAAUAAUGUUCUAAGAAAUGGUGUGGUUUAACUGUGACCAGUUACCAGCAGGAUUUUAUUUCUGUGUUGGAAAUAUGGUCUUACGUUUAAUGGCACAUUUUUCUUAUUGUUUUAAGCAGUGUAAAAUAUUUGAUAUAAUUCUUUACCAUAUGCACCCUGACUGUUCAGGAUAACUAAAUUUAGAACAUCAACAGUUGUGAAAUCAGCUUCAAAUUUAAGGAGCCAUGGAAGAGUUAAGUCUAAGGCUUUCGAAGGAAUGGACAUGCAGUAUAAUAUUUCUGCUUUUAGCUUUAACAUAGCAACAGGAUGACUUCUGGGUUAUAUCAACCACAAAUUGGCUCUUCUGUAUGCAGAAUACACAUUCACUUUUACUAGGAAUAUAUGAGAUAUGAUUUCCCUUGAACAAUAAGUUCAGUGUGUUUUGUCAGAUAUAUAUAUUUUUAAAAAACAUUUUAAAAAAUUAUUUCAGUGGAAUAUCAUUUGCCUCCCUAUCCAGGUCAAAUGCCAGUUUUGGUAUAGAUUUUCCUAUAGAAAGGUUGAAGUGUUUCUAGAUAAGCUGUUGUUCAGUUACUGUUUGGAAUAGUAUUAAAAACUCUCCCUAAACUUGCAUUAUAUACUGCUGUAAAGAUCAAACUUCUUCCCAAAAUAAGUCAAAAUCUGAUCUCUGUUUUAUAUGCUGCUAUUGGUCUUUUGUGAUUUCUAUUUAUUUCAUUCUAGCAUGUUACAGUAGCUAGCAAUACUUAAGUGAUAACAUAUACCCAAUUUACUCAAGCAAUAGCAAUGUAAAAAUUAGCAUUUUUAAAAUUAUGUCUUUGUUUUAUAUUGUGAAAUGUAAUUUUGUAGUCAGUUUAGCCAUUCAAGUUGCAUUGCUUAUUUUUCAAAGCAUGGUUGAAAUGGAGGAGCAUAGUCUUCGCUCUGUAUAUUAUGGUACAUUUCUGUGAAGCUAUUGAAAAAGAGGGCUGGCAAAAAAAUAAUAGCCUACUAUAUAUGCCCAUUGUUUCAAGAGAAUCUGUAACAAAGUUCUGGAGUAAAUCUUACUGGUCACUGUCAGUGUGACAAUGAAGAUGGCAUCAUUAUCCAGUUGUUAUUUCUAAUUCAUCAAUGAAGUUUUGAUUAUUGUGACUCCAUCACAAAUCAGUGUUUUUGAUAUAAACAGUGUGUUAUUUUUUUUUAACUAAUCAAUAUGUAUACUUAGAUUUUAGGUAGAAGUUUUUAUGUUUAGCAAACUGCCUUCUGAAAGAACCUCUUCAGCCUUUGAAAGUGUUUCUAAUAACAUAGUAUUUUAUAUUGGUUAUAUGUACAAAAUUCAGGGAAAUAUGUGUAUAGUGACACAUAUUUGACAGGCUUUAAUAGUGAAACUCAAAAGUAUCUUUUCGGGCUUCGUAGACUUUUUAUAGAAAACCAGAGAGCUCUCUGCUUGUACACUGGAUUUGUUGUAGCAUACCCAUGUACGUAUACCAACAACAAAUUAGCUUAGUGCAGCAUUCUUCCAUGUAUGAUUACAGGCUAUUGUCAGACUAUUAAAACUGAAUUUUGCUACCGUGUUUUGUUUAUGGACAAGAAAGAAAUACAGUCAUAAAUUAUUGUAGGAAAAAAAACUCAGCCAUAAAUGUGAGAUUUGCAGUGAUGAAACAUAUGAAGUAUAAUAACAGUGAAUGCAAGUAUUAUAUUAAAUAUAUAGAGAAAAGGUUUCCUUGACAUUGAAUGUAUUGUUAAGUUCCUCAGUCUCCAAGAAUUAAUGAGAAAGGGAAUAUUGCAUUAAACAGCAAAGAUAUAUCUUUGGUAUGUUUGCUCCAAUAAAACUUUUUUAUUCUUUUUUACUCUUUUGUGUUGACAAGCAGUGCAAAAGUUAGUUCGUGGCAAUUCUCAAUUCUUCUUAUAUUCUCAAUAUAUAAGGAUCACAAAAUAAGCCGCUAUUCUCCAGAGAAUGUCCUUCAUUAGAAGGUAGUUUGAAAGCUUAGUGAUUUUUAACAUUUUUCAUUGAUACUGAGACCGCUACGCCCAUUAACAUUGCAAUACGUAGCUUAAGGUAGAAGAGGGAUGUACUGGGUAGUACAAAGCACUAUUGGCAGCAUUCACUGUUAUCACACUAGUGCUCUUAUUGCUUGUGGUCCU